AUGGCUAUGAACAAGAUAACUUGCGCUAUGUGGUUAUCGCUUCAACUUGCUUUGCUCUUGUCUACUACCGCAGUUGGCUUCCGCAUCAUCUACCGAGCGAUCAACGGAAGCAGUCUUUUUUUGGCUGACUGGCUCAUUAUCCUUGCGUUGGCUAAUCUUCGCAAACAGACCUUUGAAUAUGGUAUAUCGAUCGUAGGAGUUGUGUGUACGUUGAGAUCAUUCACGCCCAAACCAGCCAUGACCUAA